AUGGAACUUCAAAACAGUAGAAUCCAAAGGGAUCAAUCACAUCAUAAUAAUGAUAGAUCAGAGGCAACAAGAAAUAAUUUGUCGAAUGAGAGUACUCUUGAAUCUUAUUUCGAAGAUGGUAGAAGAUAUACCGCAGAGAAUCAAACGUAUUUUUUACCUAAUGAUGACAAAGAGUAUAAUAGAUUAAAUUUACAGCAUUCCAUAAUGAAAACUAUUUGGCAAGGCAACUUUUCCGCUCCGGUUAAACUUCUCCUGGAUCAAGAAGGAACAAAAGUUCUCGAUGUAGGAACGGGUUCUGGUUCAUGGGUAAUCGAUAUGGCAGCCGAUUAUCCUAAAGCAAAGUUUACUGGAGUUGAUAUUUCACCCCCUCCAAGCAAUAAUAUACCUAAAAAUGCUGAAUUUCUUGAAGGAAACGUAUUUGAACGUUUGCCAUUUGAGGAUAAUACAUUUGACUAUGUAUUUCAACGACUGUUAUAUGUUGGAGUUCCCGCAGUGAAAUGGCCGUCAGUGGUUAAUGAGUUAGUUCGCGUAUUAAAACCUGGUGGUUAUUUAGAGCCAAAACUAAUAACCAUACUUAAUGUAUCUAGUAAUGAAUAUGACGAUAUGGUCCAAACUGUAGGAAAAGAGUUAGCUGAAUUCGAAGCUUAUUAUCCUCAU